AUUUUAAGGUGUCGCUCCGAUUGGUUAGCUCCGGGGGUGGGUGUGGUCACGUGCUUAUAGUCGCUGUUUGACUCCUCCUGCCUUCAGGCUGCUGCGUCACUCGGGCUGAGGUGCGGCCCGAGUAAAGGAGGGCGAAGCGAUCUUGUCCGGACAUCCCCCCCUCCCGGGGAGUGGAGGAGAGGAAGAUACCGAUCCACUGUAAAGGAAAGAAGAGGAGGAGGAGCCUGGGAGGAAUCUGAGGGGACACCGGGGCUGUUUACAAUGUAAUGGAGGGGCGGGAACCCACAUCCCGACCAAGUCGUACUACACCGGCCAGCCCUAGGGUGACUCCUGCUCUGGUGAAACGACCACGCUUUCAAACGCUGGCUCGCUUCUGGGAGGGGCAGGAUGUCUUAGCGCGCUGGACAGAUGGUCUUCUGUACCUUGGCAUCAUCAAGAAGGUUUUAUGUGUUUGAGUGUUCUGUCUGCACGAGAGGUCCAGAGAACGCCUGGAGACUUCCCUUGGGAUGGGUUGAUGUAUCACACCUUGUCCUAUAUCACCUCAGUAUUUGUUGUAAGAAGAAAUACUUUGAUUUUGAACGAGAAAUUCUUUCUUUCGUUAAUGAAAACUGGGAAAGUUUACUAGUUGGAGAACUUACAGACACCCCUCGCUCUGAGCGAUAUUCUCAUCUUCUCCACGCUCUUACUGGUGAGAAGGACAGAUUUAUUUCCGGGAAGGAGAUUAAGAAGAAAAAGUGUCUUUUUGGGCUGCAGAGCCGUGUUCCUCCUCCAGCUCCUCAGAGCUCAGACUCCAAACUGAAAUUUCAGGGGACAGACUUGAGAAGUCCCACACCCUGUGUAAGUUCCCUUUCAGGGAGGAUGGGGGCCCUGAGACGCCCCUCGCACAGGAGGAAAAAGAUGAGUACAGAGCAGCGGACACAGAAGGAGAGGCAGAAGCUCCGCAGAGCUCUUACCCAGGAUGUGGUACAGAACCCAUUUAGCUCUCAUCAGGAGUAUCUGGGAUAUCGUGGUAGCCCAUACAACUUCAGGCGCACAGGAGCACGCUGCCUUCAGAGUCCUCCAAUCAGGAUGUUUGCCUCUUUCCAUCCAUCUUCAAAUACAGCAGGUUCUGUGACCGCUUCCCUGCAAUCCAGUGAGGUGACUUCUGACGUCCCAGAUCCCCCUUUGCUCUCUGAUAUUGUAGAGACUCCAUCACCAGGUCCUUCCUCUGCUUCUCUCAAUACUCCAUGUCUUUCCCCUCCACCAACCUCCUCCUCACCUCCUAUGGAGACGUGUGCAUGGCAAGGGUCUCCAGAGCAGGGUUCGCGUGUGGUAGCUCGCAGGGUCACUGCGGAAGGAGCUGUACAGUACCUCGUGGAGUGGGGAGGGGGUGGCAUUUUCUAAGAACUAUUAGAAGCUGGGUGGAAUGUAUACAGAGAUACAGGCUCUGCUCCUGGUACCCCUUGCACUUCCUGCGAAGAUCCCAAACACCCGGGUUCCUGCACAAUGCUCUUCAGGAUUUUCUCUGAACUUUCUGUACACGUGUGUACAUACCAGUGCCCGUGCUUCUUGUCCUGUCAAGUUUGUUAUUUACAGUGUUGGCUCACAGAGACUAUAUUAUAAUGAGACAGUAAGAGAGGGAUUGGAAACCUUUAUCUCUUUUUUUUUGGUCUUCGGAUCUGUGUCUGUAAAAUGGUCUUAGAAGAACUGGGUCUAUUGUCUAUUUAAAACAAAUCAAAGGUUCUGGACAUAGGAAAUUUUAUUCUAGGAAUAGUGUUUAAUAUGGCUGUUAAAUAAGGAGCCAGUUAUAUUCCAUAAUUUAUGGUCACAGGAUUUGACAGUAGGUAAAUUUUGGGAUAUUGACCAAGUAUUUACAAACCCAGUAAAGAAGUGCUGUCAAAGUUUCAUACAAUUUGUUUUUAGUAUCCUCAACUCAUAAUUUUACAAGCUUUUUUGCGUAUACAAGGAUUCGAUUCUGAAAUUUAGAAGUGCUGAGGUCCGUUCGUUGGCAACUGGCAAUAAGAUCUGUUGGUUGUAUUUUAACUUUUCUUCCUUGCACAAUAAAUAUAUGAUUUUAAGCAUUA